UAGGAUUAGUGACUUGCUAUAAGUAUAACUAUGUACAACUCUGCUAUGUAUAUGUAUAGGUAACUCUAACCUUUCGAUGUAAGUGUAUAUUAACUAGUAUUUGAAUGUAACGGCUAGCUAUUCAAUAGUCUCUAGCAUCUACAAGUAUCUUCUGUGAUAAAGCGACCAAUCUGGCAACUCUGGUAUAAUGUUAAGUAUCGAUAUUGAUCGCAGCCAACUUCAAGUAAUCGUAUGUUAAACCCGACGCUAUGUAAAACCAGGCAAUUGCGAAUAAGAAGUAAAAGAGAACGGUCAAGUCUAAUAAAGUUAUUUAAUUCGUGUAACAGUUUAUACUGCUAUAAACUUCAGAAGUGGUCCUGACCCAUAAAAUGGAUCUAAUUGAUGCACAACAAUUUACGGUCGUCCAGCUCAAACGGUGGUUGGCGGCACUGAACUUGCCGACAAUCGGCAAUAAGGCCGAACUCGCGGCCCGACUAAACGGCGUGGACCCGUUAGUUCGUGGAACUCGCCCGGAGUCCCCAGUGCCGUUGGACGCUGAAAACGAAGACUCGGCUGAGCACGUUCAGGAGUUUGAUCUAGAGGAUGACUUGGGGGAGCAUUUCUCUGCGGAGAAUGCCGACCCUAGGUCGGAUCAGAUUCCUGCCGUGGCCGAAGGAGUAUCGUCGCUACAACAAAUACGCGCUGAAAUCGAAGCUGGAAGAAAGGAGCUCCAGAACAUUCUUGGGCAAGUAAGAGCUGCGUCGCAAGCAGUUGCCAAUGACGUCAUCAGCAAGCCCGAAAACUGCAAUCAAGCAGGAGGUAAGCAAGCAGUUCAAUGCGAAAACUUCCAGGAAGCUGUGAGCGGAAAAAUACCAAACGCUGAUGGAAGUGCUCAUAUCGAUAGCGGCACCGAUAUCGAUGUAGGCAACGGUGUUGAGCAACGACGAAUGGCAGUUGUAAACAAAGAAUCAGAAUCGCCAAGUUUGUCACUUUCGUUUGCCAAAGAAAUGAUCAUGGAUUACGAUGGAUCAUCUUGCGCAAACGUUUGGACCCAGCAAGUACGCAACAUUGCUGAAAUGUACAACUUGGAUGCAGUGUGCGUAAAAUUGGUGAUUGUGGCUAAACUAAAAGGCAUCGCCCAGCGCUGGUUGCAUGCAAAUGCAACGCGUAUUAUGGAGCCGGCAGAGAAUCUGUUGGAACAGCUGAUCCUAGCAUUCGGCGAUAAACUGUCCAAAGCAGAGGCGCGACGCAAAUUUGAGGACUUGAAGUGGCAUUAUGGCGAAAAGUUCGCGGUGUAUUUUGAGGCAAAGACAAUGCUGGCAAGCAGCAUCAACAUUGAUCCAGACGAAUUGGUUGACCAGAUAGUCGAGGGAAUACCAGCACAGAAUUUGCGGGAUCAGGCCCGGAUCCAAUGUUUCACAGAUCCGAAGCAAAUUCUCCGUGCGUUUGCUGGUAUCCGUUUGGAUAAGUCAAAUGAGUCGGCGUCAAAGGAGCUCAACAAGAAUAGGAGCAGCACCAGAGGAUUCCGCUGCAGUAACUGCAACGCCAGAGGACACAUCGCUAAGGAUUGUCGAAAACCAGCAAGGAAUCCAGGAUCCUGCUAUGCUUGUGGCAAGUAUGGCCACUUUGUAGCCCAAUGUGAGGAAAGAAAGGGAAAUGCUGUAAAUAAAUAUCAUGCAUCUUAGACUCUGGCAGUCCAAUUUCGUUGCUUAAAAUAUCUUUGUUGCCCAGAGAGGCCCAAUUACAUGAAGUCAAAGAACAAUAUUUUGGUAUAAAUAGAAGCCCAUUACAAAUCUACGGAAAAAUUUUAUGUUUUGUAUUAAAAGGAACAAUAAAAUGUUACUUUAACUUAA